AUGGAGCUCAUCCCGGGUCUCCCGGACGAUGUUGCCUUUGAGUGUCUGAUUCGUGUUCCUUUCGAUCAUUUAUCGACUGCUGCAUCGGUAUCUACAGCUUGGAAGGUUAAGAUUGAGUUGCCGGAGUUUCGCCAUCGUCGGAAAAUCACCGGCUUAACCCGACCCAUCAUUGUGAUGGCUCAAGCAAAGGAGAGCCAUGCCAUGAAGUUCAUGUCCAUGCCGGUAUACCAACUUGUUGUUUAUGAGGCAGAAAGUGGUAAUUGGUAUAAACUACCACCUUUGCCCCGGUUUCCCAAUGGGCUCCCCAUGUUUUGCCAACUUGUUGGGGUCGGAUUGGAUUUGAUUAUUAUGGGUGGGUAUGACCCGGUGACUUGGGAGGUGUCUAAGUCGGUUUUUAUAUACAAUUUCAUAUCAGCCAAGUGGCGGCAAGGGGUUGAUGUUCCAGGUGGACCAAGAUCUUUCUUUGCAUGUGCGUCCGAUUCCGAUCUGAUGGUGUUCAUUGCUGGUGGACAUGACAACAAUAAGAAUGCAUUGAGGUCGGUGAUUAUGUAUGAUGUGGUAAAAGAUGCAUGGACCCCACUACCCGACAUGUCAAGAGAGAGGGAUGAGUGCAAAGGUGUGUUUCACAAUGAAAAAUUCCACGUCAUUGGUGGCUAUGACACAGAAGGGCAAGGUCGUUUUGAGAGAAGUGCUGAGGCAUUUGAUAUUGCCACGUGGCAAUGGAGAGAUGUGGAGGAGAACUUCUUGGGAAUUGCAACUUGUCCAAGGACUUGCGUGGACGGUGGGGAUGGGAGGUUGUACAUGUGUCGGGAAGGUAACGUGGUUGUACUAGAAAAUGCCACUUGGCAAGUCAUAACCGGACUACCAAUUGAAGUGAUCAAUGCAACUUAUUUGACAAGGUGGCACGAUAGAUUAUUAGUGAUUGGUUCUCCAAAAUUUGGUGAGCCUCACAAGGGUUAUGUAAUGGAUUUAAAGAAUCAGAGGUGGGCCAGACUAGAGGCUCCAGAGGAAUACUCAGGCCAUGUUCAGUCAAGUUAUUGUUUAGACAUAUAG